CAGGCACCUCUCCUGUUCCCCCAGUGCCCCCACCUGCAACUUGCUUUCGACUAUCAUGGCUGGCAGGGACACGUACUUGGUUAUCGGCGGCAGCGGCUUCGUCGGCCGUCACAUCGUCUUGCAACUUCAGGAGCGCGGCGACUCGGUCUCGGUGUUCGACAUUGUGCAACGGUACCACGAUGCACCCUUCUAUUCAGGGGAUAUUUGCGAGCAGGACCAGGUUGCAAAUGCUGUCAGGAAGGUGUGUGGUAGUCUUGCACUUGUAGUCCCCUAUACUGACAUUGCGAAGAGCGGCGCGACAUGCAUCAUACAUACCGCGUCUCCCCCACAUGGCAUGAACGACCCCGCGCUUUACUUCAAAAUCAAUGUAGACGGCACUAAGGCUGUCAUCGCUGCUGCUGUCGAAUGUGGUGUCAAGAAGCUCGUGUACACUAGCUCAGCUGGUGUCGUCUUCAACGGCACCGACCUGAAUGGCGUUGACGAGCGGAUACCCUACCCGGAGAAGGCCAUGGACGCGUACAACGAAAGCAAGUGCAAGGGAGAAGAAGCCGUCCUUGCUGCCAACGGCAAGGGUGGCCUCUACACCGUCGCACUUCGCCCCGCUGGUAUUUUCGGCCCCGGAGAUCGCCAGGUCAUGACUGGCUUCCAUCAGGUGUACGAGAAUGGCCAGACGCACUUCCAACUCGGAGACAACAAUAACCUCUUCGACUGGACCUACGUCGGCAACGUCGCGAAGGCCCACUUACACGCAGCCGACCGCCUCCUCGACCCUCCUCCCGCACCUCCCCUCAUCUCUUCCGAGGAUGAGAAGGUACCUCUCGACCCGCCAGGCUUGACAGAGGCCGAGCAAGCCAUGAUCAACUACCCCCUCCCUCCCAUUUCCCUAACCACCGGCGCCAUGAACCGCAUCCCCACCUCCGCCGCCCGUCCCCUCGGCCCCUACGUCGAGCGCCCACCCAACGGCGACGCCCUCGAGGCCGCCUUCCGCGCCCCCUACGACGCGCGCGAGUCCAACCGCCCCGUCAUGCGCACGCGCUUCGACCAGCUCUCCGACUACAACCUCUCCCGCCAGAAGCUCGCGCACCCGACGCAGCCCUCCCCGCUUUCCGUCGCCGGCCAGGUCUUCUUCAUCACGAACGGCGAGCCGACGUACUUUUGGGACUUUGGCCGCAUGAUCUGGCGCGAGCUCGACAAGAUCUUCCCGGGGAAGCGCGACCCCGCGAAGGUGGGCAAGUACUUCAGGCUGAGCAAGGACCUCGCGAUGAUUGCGGCGGCGGGCGCGGAGUGGGUGGGGUACUUCCGCGGGAAGGAGGCGACGUUCACGCGCUUCCGCGUGACGUUCAGCUGUGCGACGAGGUGGCAUGAUAUCGAGAAGGCGCGGAGAGUGCUUGGGUAUGAGCCGGAGGUCGGCGUGGAGGAGGGCAUCAAGCGGAUGAUUGAGUGGUGGAAGACCGAGUUUGUCGACUCACAAAAGGCGCAGUAGGGGAGUACUGUACAUAACGUAUACCACCUUUGGAUAUUUGCUACAUAUCGUCUAAUCUUUGGGAACACUGCUAGUUCAUCACGUCCACGCAAUGAAUUUGCUGCCCAACCGUGUCAAUGGUGUUGCCUUCUUCAAAAUGCUCUGGGUAUGAAAGACAUGAGUCUGAGGAUUGGCGACUAAUCAGGAAAUUUCGAUGUUCACCAACACACUGCGACCCCUGAAUAUACGAGCACAGUCGCUCUCUCAUCUACAGUCCUGCUACUCCUGGUACCUCGACAACGGGUCGAGCUGCAGUAGCAGACUAUUCUCCUGCA